GGUGCCGCGCUCGCGUCCGUGUCCACAUCCGCAUCCGCAUCCGCAUCCGUGCCGCAUCCGUGUUCGACAGCUGCGGCCACCGCACGCCAGAUGGCGCCUCAUCGAGGCCAGGGCUGAAAAACUGCAAUUAGGAUAACGCGGACUGGUUUUAGGGGGUGGAAAGCCCCAAACGAUGGUCCGGAAAGUGGUUAGCUGCGACUUUAAGUGGCGUAUACGUGAUAUCAACAGCGUUCAACGGGGCGUAUACGUGGUGCUGUGCAAUGCCAAGGCCUCACCUCGCAGUGCCAAAAAAAAAUGCAAACCUUAUAUAAAGUUCCUUAUCAAAAGUGCAAAAUAAAAAGUAAAGAAGACCACGACUAAAGUUCCUCCACAAAAGUGCAAAAACGAAAGGAUUAAACCAUGUCAACUUAGAGAAAAUCUGAAUCACAAUUGUAACGCAUAGUUCCUAUCACCCAGUGCAAACAAAAUAUAUAAGUAAUACAUUUAUUCCAAUUUUAACAAAUAAAAUAUAACCUGCUAAGUAAUUUAAACAAACAACUAAAAUAUUUAUUAAGCCAAAUAAUCAUUAAAUCAAUAAAAACGAAAUGGUUAAAAACACCAAUUCAAAAUAAUAAAGAAUACAUAACAUAGCAGCACUCGACGACUAACUUUACACUCUACUCACCCACGAAGUUGAAAUCGCAGCCAACCAAAAAUAAAACCUAAGCGCCAGCCACAAAAUGAAACAAUCAUACAUGAAGAGUAAACAAAAGAGGCCAGCUGAGCAAAUAAAUCAAAACGCAGAGGCAAAGAGCGACAAGCAUCGAAAGAGUGUUUACUAAACAAUAUGCAAAACAUAAGCCAAAAAAACAUAUUGGGCAACAUAUUCAAGUAAAAGCGAAUUCCUACACAUGUCCAUCACGAGGAUAACCACAAACCACUCAUAAAAAAUGGGAAACUGACAGCCAGUGAAACUUUUUCAAGGUCGUCGCUGGCAAGUUUCUGGUGGCAAAUCAUUUCUAUUUGUUUCAAUUUGGUGAGCACCUAAAAAAAGGGGCGAAGCGGAAAAAGUUGGUGAAGUGCACUCCGCCCCCGCCAUCUAAAAUGAAAUAAAAGUUAAGCCCAAAUAAAACGACCCAACUUGGUUGCCAACUUUUUGUUCGUUUGCGUGCUGUUUUUUCAAUGUGUGUAAGCGGAAAAUCAAACAAACUGCGCUUCAGUUAGAUAAAUUGCUGUAAGCGGGGGUGUUCCCCGCUCGAAAGUGAAAUUGUCGAGCGUUGCCUACAUCUGGGCUCCAACGGGUUGGUUGUCAUGCACGAACUCAUUGGCAAAUACAGCCAUCCGGAUAUGGACAUGCUGAAGGAUCAGCUGAGGCGGGGCAGCUUCACCCCCGGCCCUGCUGCCCCCUCACCCUUCCUCAUGCCCGCCGAAUUCUACAAAAGCCUCUUCGCCAGCGCCGUUCUUCAGCAGCAGCAACAGCAGCAGCAGCAGCACAAGUUCCACGCCGGAAUGGCCUGCCCCAGUCCGGCCCCGAGUUUGUCCCCAUCCUCGGGUCGUUCGCAUCCACCCACGGCCGCUUGUGUGGCGGAGAGUGGCGAUGGUCAGGUGAAGACGGAGUUAGAAGAGCCGGAUCAGGAGACCCUGGAAAACGAAGGACAUGAGGAGCAGAGACCCCCAGAGAACGGAAAACACCCAACACGGCAUAAGCCGCACAGCAACAACAACGGCUACUCCUGGUCCAGCAGCAACAACAACGAGGUUGUCAGCAACAACAACCACCACCCAGCAACUCCACCCACUCCGCCCAGCGAAGCCACCGCCACCCAAGCGACUUCAGUGUCCGCAAUUAAUUUGAAUCAAGCCCAACCCGCAUCACAGGCGCGUCCAAACUUUGGCAGCUCCGUAAAGUCACCACCAACAGAAGCGGACGCGGUCACAGCCGCCACGUGCAAAAGUCAGGAGAGCUCCAGCUCGAAUCCGCCCCCCGGCCCCACCCACAACCCCGAUCCCAGUGCGGCUCAGACCGCCAGCUCGAACCCCACGGCCGCUGCCGUGGCCGCCGCUGCCGCCGCCGCCGCCGCUGCCAACAUGCCGAUCGGCGGCGUCCAGGGCCAGAACCCCACCCAGGGCCUGGUCCACUGGAUGAGCGCCGUGAUGGCCGAGCACAUGACCGGCCAGACGCACCACGAUCCCACGGGCGCCGUGGGCAUGCACUACAUGUGGAACGGCAACGUUGACCAUGCCAAAGACAUAAGCGAUUACAAUCUUUGGCCGCCAACGCCGCGCAGUCAUCAGCAUGCCAGCGAGCAUCAUCCGAUGUCCCUGAAGCAGGAGUACGAGGCCAAAAUGAACGAUCACCACCACAACAGUCUGCAGAAAGGUCACUUUCUGGAUGACAAUCGUCUGGAGCACCAUGCGGUUACUGGACAAGGUGGCCUGGGUCUGGGUGCAUCCAACGGCAUCGGUGGCGGAGGCGGCGGUGGUGGCUCCGUGGGUGGCAGCUCCAGCCUGGGCGCCAGCUCGCACCACGCCGCCGCCGCCGCCCACCAUCACAACCAGGCGGUGGCAGCUGCCUCGGCGGCCCUGCUGGUGGUGCCCCAGCCGAUCAAUGCCAGCAAAAUGGGCGGACCCGGCGGUGUUGCAUCGGGGGCCGGCGGACAUGCCGCGGGCGGCGGCAGCGGACGCAAGUAUCAGUGCAAAAUGUGCCCCCAGAUCUUCAGCUCGAAGGCGGACCUGCAGCUGCACACGCAGAUCCAUAUGCGGGAGGCGAAGCCGUACAAGUGCACCCAGUGCUCGAAGGCCUUCGCCAACUCGUCGUAUCUGUCGCAGCACACGCGGAUCCACCUGGGCAUCAAGCCGUACCGCUGCGAGAUCUGCCAGCGGAAGUUCACGCAGCUCUCGCACCUGCAGCAGCACAUCCGGACGCACACGGGCGACAAGCCGUACAAGUGCCGGCAUCCCGGCUGCCAGAAGGCCUUCUCGCAGCUCUCCAACCUGCAGUCGCACUCGCGGUGCCACCAGACGGACAAGCCGUUCAAGUGCAACUCCUGCUACAAGUGCUUCUCGGACGAGCCCUCGCUGCUGGAGCACAUCCCGAAGCACAAGGAGUCGAAGCACCUGAAGACGCACAUCUGCCAGUACUGCGGCAAGUCCUACACGCAGGAGACCUACCUGACCAAGCACAUGCAGAAGCACGCGGAGCGGACGGACAAGCGGCCGCCGAUUGCGCCGGGCAGUGCGGCGGCCCUUGCGGCGGCCGCCGCCGCAGCUGCCGGCGGAGCGGGCAUCCCGGCCAACGGUCCGCCGCCCACCAACCCCAAUCCCCCCCAGCACCAGCGCAACAGCCUGGGCCUGCCACCCGUCUCGAUUGCCCCCAGCGACAAUGGCUACUGGCCGAAGGUGAGUCCGGACUCGGCCGCCGCAGCCAACGCCAUGGAGGUGAUGCACCAGCAGCAGCAGCAGCAGCAGCAGCAACAGCAGCAGCAACAGCAACAACAGCAGCAGCAGCAACAGCAACAACAGCAGCAGCAGGCGCACCACCACCACACGCAGCACGGAGUCCCGCCUCAGCAACAUGUCCCGCCCCAGCAGCAGCAGCAGCAACAGCAGCAGCAGCAGCACCACCAUCCGCAGCAGCAGCCGCCCCCGCAGCACAGCAUGGAGGCCCACUACGCACAGCCGACGGCGCCCAAUGGCGCCCAGAGCAACGGGCACGGACCGGAGUUGCAGCCCCACCACCGCAUGCCCGAUCCCGUGCGGGAGGAUAUAGUUUCGACUCCCAGUGUCGUUGGCCCCUAUGAUGCCGCAUCCAUAACGAAAACCACCAGCAACUCGGCCUUCACGCCGAUAAACUCGAUGCCGCCGCACCUGAACUCGCUGAGCCACCACCCGAUGGCCCAGCGACCCUAUCUCUACGAUGCCAUCAGCUUCCCGAACAAGAACGUGAACCAGAACAACGCCAACGCGUUCCCCAACCAGCUGAUCUCGCUGCACCAGAUCCGCAACUACGCCCACCAGCCGGCGGGUCUGAUGGCGGGCGAGCACCUGUUGGGCGUGAGCGUGGGUCCUGGGAAGGACAAGGGGUAGCUGGGGGCCUACUUCUAAGUUCAUCCGGUUCAUCCUUUAGUUCUCCGAGCAGAGACGAGGCGUGCAUUCCUGUACAGUAUUAAUUUGUAGUUAGUCGUAGCGCGUAAAGGGCUUUUGUAACUUUGGUAGAUCUUAUUUCGAUUUAGUUAAUCAAUAAGUAAACUGUAAAUGGCCAACGAUACGUACUCUAAUUUGACCAACACCGUCCAUGCUUUUGUUUACGCAAUGUCUUGAAAUACGAACACAAGGAACACGAUAAGCUGACCCUGCGUUCUAAAAGUAUACAAACUCUGUCCAGCAAACGUUUCCCCAUCAAGUACUUGGUUUUCCUAGACCUCGUCUAUUGUCCCCUGUAAAUAUAGUUGAAAAUUAAUUUAUUUUCGAUGCACAAACGGAUCUCGCAGUCUUGAAUCAAUGGCAGAAGUCAAUAGCUGCAAACUAAGCCGACACUUGUACAUAUAUAUACAUCAACCUAAAGGAACUUACCGGCAAACGUUAUUUACAUUUAAAUACACAAAUCAUCUUAAAUAUAUUUGCUUAGGUGUAUCGUAUUAAAUACAGAUAUUUCUGAGAGAAUCUUCUUGUGAAACAAAACACAGAGAGCGAAAAAAUUUAAGUAAUCAAAUGUGUUUACAACUAUAGAUGAAACUAUGCGAUAGAUGAAAACUAUUUUGAAAGAACCUUUUCUAAGUAUAUGUUGGCAGUUGCAGAAACAGAAACAGAAACAGAAACAGAAACAGAAGGAAGAAGACCUAACCGAACAGAGAUGUUGUAUUACGUUUUGGAAAGACUGAAGUGAUCAAAAUUAAAGAAAAAGAAAAGGAAAUUAAGAAAAAUCGAACAUUUUAAAGAGCGUUUUUACCGCAGUUACUAAGCAAACUGAAUGUGUCCUAAACAAUUUCGUACUAAAUGGCAGAAACUAAACCUAAACGUAAAUACGAGUAUGAAAACAUCAAAUGUAAUGUAUUAUUAAAUAACGUAACCUUAAUUUUAAUCUUAAUCUUAAUCUUAAUCUAACCUAAAUUUAAACUAACCCAUAGCUAGUGUUUAACUCCAGAAUGCAAUCUCAAUGUAAAGACAAGCCCGAAAUGGAACACAAAACAAAAUACCUACAGUUAAGUGAAUAGCAAAAUGAACUCUGAACCACACACACACGCAUUAAAUAGAAACAUUUGGGGAAUUCAGAUAGCUGAGCUAAAUGAUUAUUUGUUUUACCGUCUAACGAUUACAGAUGAGUACAGUACGAUUUCGAUGGCUAAGAUAUGCAAUUACAAAGAAUAGUUCUCGAUUGGAUGUCGAUUGCCGAACGGCCUGGAUACCCGCGGAUACAUACUAAUAUAAUUGUCAAUAGUAGAUGUGUGUUCCUCAGUUGAUGUAAAUUGAUUUCCGAUUAACCACGAACUCAACCCGUAAUAAAGUGAAUUAAAUGUUUUCCAUCGCCUGUGUCUCGGCCAUAUCAAUUUGGAUGGCCUUCAUGAACGCGCUGUGCUG